AUCCAAGGCAAUCAUUUCUGUUUUGUUCAUAGAAAAAAGAAGAAGAAAAAGAAAAACAUUUAUUCAAAUGUAAAUUUGUUGCGCCUCGUCAUAACUCAAAACUUUGUGUUUCUAAUUGUUUUUGCACGCGUAUGCCAGCGCAUAUGUUAUUUGCCGUGUUUGGCAACGCAUACCAUUUUUGUCAGUGACUCUGUGUCCAACGAGAUCCAAAAGAGUGAAAAAUGCCAAAGAACAAUCAUCUCAUAUACUCCAUAACCAUACUCACAUAUUUGAAUAUUUGGAUGGUGAAUUUUUUUUUUAAAUAAACUCAACUGACUGAUAAUGUUCUUUCUUUCGUUUGUCCAUAUAACAUCGUGUGAUGAUGGACUUUCUCAGUUUUGCAUGGAAUAGAAAUUAAACGUGAGCGAAAAAAAAUAGAGACGCAAAUUUGUGUGCGCGCGGUGUUUGGUAAAUCGUAACUUCGUAGCUUUCAAGCGUUCAUUGACACACGCAAGCAGCAUUUUUUUUUAUUCGCCGGUUGAGUGUUAUGUGUUAAUACCCGGCGCACACGGUUCACAUAAUAAUUUGUCGACAUUUUGAUGGCAUGUCAAUUUUUUUCAUUCAAAACGUUCAAAUAUUAAAUAAAUUGUUUUUAAGUUAAAGUAUAAUUCUGAGGGUGCAAUUUUACGAAAUAUACCAAAGUUCAAGAUAAAUUUCCAACAGUUUAUUUUGGAAAUUGGUUUGUACAACUUGUUUUUGGCAGAAAGAAACAAAAACUAAAACAAAGUCGUUGUUACAAUUUUUUUGGGUGAUUGAAUGCGGGCAAACCGCCUUUCACAUAUGCAUAAAAUGUGCUCGAUAAUUAAUAUUGAAUUUGAGCGUCAAACCGAUGGUGAUAAAUUAUGCUAUAGAAAACGCGUUCGCAGCAAACGCGGCGAUGAAGAUUUUUUCGGCAAUUUGCCGAUGGACGACCCGAUGGACAACUCAAUCUUGAUCGAUGAUUAUUUGGAAACAAUAAAAAAUGAACCGGACUUGGAGAAAGCUGAUGUAGACAAUGUGCCCGCAAAAUCGUUAACCGACACUAUGAUGUAUAUGUACGAUUCAAUGCCGUUCGAUUCAAAGAGUUCGUUUGACAAUAUUUCGGUGGCAAACGAAAUAACCGAAAUUGAUCCGAAUUAUUUUCUCAAUGAUAUGUAUAAAAGUGAGGUUGAUUAUUCGUCGACAUUUUCGUCACCAUCGUAUCGAAGUACACCGUCGCCAACGACCAGCAACAGUAGCCAAAUUUCGGAUCAAUUAAGCGUUGAUUCAGCAUCGAAUCCAUCAUCGGAAGCAUCGAUCAAUUUUCAUAAUGCACAAAAUUCAACAACAUUUCCAUCGAAUGGACAAUUUAUACAAUCAUUUGCGCAAAGCAAUUAUCAUUUGGAUACACCGCCAAUAUCACCGCCAACCGAAACAAUUGCCGCAACAAAUGCACAAACAUUAUCGUAUAUUCAACCAGCCGCACAAAUUGCCGCCCAACCAAUUCCAAUGCUAACAACAACAACCGAUAAUCAAUUCAAUAUCAUUCAAGGUACAUUGAUACCAAUCACCGCCGUAUCUCUAUCAACGCCACAAAAUGGUACAAAUAUUUUGAGCUCAAAUAAUACACAAACGACGAAGAAAGUGAAAAUCCAACCGAAACCAUUGGCCAUUGCAACGAAACCAAAUGGAACAACGGCAGCAGUGACAACACCAUUACCAAUGACCGUCGUGAAAACAGCACAAAUAAAUGGCACAAAUUUAACAGCAACAACAAAAUCGAUUCCAACACCAAAACGAAUCGUUCUAUCCAGUGACUAUAAACCAUUGGUUCUUAAAUGCAAAACACAACAAACUGCUGCCAAUGCCAGUACACCCGCACCAAUUGCAGCUGUUCAAACAAACGACGCAAAUAUUAUGAAAUUCGUGCCGGCCAACACAGCACCAAUAUUAUCAACGGGUAAUACACAAUCGACGGUCAAAUUGAAUCCACAAAAAUUAGCUUCGGCCAAUGUACCAAAUAAUCGCAUUCAAAUUGCACCGUUGAGUCACAAUAAGAAACCAAAGCAACAUUCAAUUCAAGAGGAAAUUUACGAACGUACGCUAAAGAAACAAAUGCGAAUGAUUAAGAAUCGAGAAUCAGCCUGUAUGUCACGCAAAAAGAAAAAGGAAUAUGUCAACACGCUUGAGAAUCAAGUGGCCGCUUUGAAGAUUGAGAACCAAGAGCUGCGAUCGGAAAACUGUGCAUUGAAAGAGCGUCUUGGACAGGUAACAAGUAAAAUUUGCGAUGUAUGUGGCAAUCUAAUGAUGGACAAAGUUUCAAAAACCAUGGACACGAUGUCUGUAUUGAGAAGUGUACCAAAAAAGAAUGCCGCAUUUCUAUUGGCAUUUUUACUUAUGGUAUCGUUCAAUCUUGGCCCAUUGAUGCCGUCCUCAAAUGUGGCUCCAUAUGAUAGCGAUAAUUCGUUAGCGGUGCCCGACCAUCCAAUCGGCACACGUAGUUUACUUUGGAUUGAUGACGAAAAUGACAGUACAAAUACGUCUAAUAUCGGCGAUAGUUCCGAUUCAUCGGAGCGUCCAUAUCCCAUGUGUCCGGUAUCGGUGAAUCAAUCAGAAAGUAUACGAUUGGCCACUGAAUUACAACGAUGGAUCGGAGAUUCACCGAAAUAUUUUAAUUUAACAAAAGUCUCAUCGAAAUCUGGCGAUGAAUUAAUCGAUCUCAAUAUAAUCAAUGAAUUUUUAUUAUCGAAAAAGGAUAAUGAAGCUAUUAAAACAUUUUAUAAUCAAAUGAAAGAUGCGCCCCCAUUACGAAAAAUGGCCAACAAAAUUGAUGCGGAGAAGAAGAUGCGAGAACAACGUGCAUCAAAGAAACGUAAACUACAAAUGGACAAAUACGAAGCGAAUAAAGUGAAAUCAAUCGAUAGCAAUAACAAUGUACAAAUCUUUAAUCCAGUAUACAGUAAUGCCAUGAAAUAUGCAACAUUCUUUGAGGAAAUUCAUCGACAAGACGAUACUUUUUAUGUUGUAUCAUUCCGUGCUGAUCAUUUACUAUUGCCAGCUCUUGCCCAUAACAAAACCUUUCGACCGAAAAUGUCACUCAUGUUACCCGCCUGGAAUUUAAAUAACGACAAUAAUGCAUCGACCGAUGGCAUUGUAACAUUGAUGCAAAUCGAUUGCGAGGUAUUGAAUACCUCGAUGAUUCAAAUUAAAGAAAGUUCAAUUCCCGACAAUUUACGAAAUCGAUCGUCAUCAUCGUCGUCGCCACCAUCACCGUCAUCGAUGCCAACACGAAAUGCUGCCAGUCCUGUUACAACCAAUGAAUCAAUGAAAUCAUCAAACAUGAAAUUGAAACAACGACGAAGUCGCAUUACAACACAAGAGCCAAUUGUAACACAAACCGAAAGCAAUAUUACAACUGCGUCGAAUGGCACCGAUAUAAACACUGGCUUCAAAAGUGCAACUCUUGAUGAAUAUGAUACGAAGAAUGUGGACACAGUGAAAAAUUAUAAACCGUAUUUUUUGCGUAAUCGCGCUGAACGCACACAAAACAACCGCAACAUCGGCAACUGAUUGCAUUCACACUAAAUAUUAGAAGAAAUUUCGAUUUUAAGAGUUUUUCAUUUCACGUGAUUCGAUUUUAGCGCUGUUUAUUAAGUCAACGAAAUUUGCUGUUAAUUUUUUUUAUAGGCAUAAGAUUAGACUAGAAUUGAAACACAAUGUGCAAAUUUACGUAUUAAGGGCAAACAUAUUCGAAAAAAUUAAAAUUUAAUAUUUCAAGGCAUUUUUUGGAAUUUUUUUAAUCUCGCAAUAGACAUUUAAAAUGAAAUGCCCUGGAUAAUUUUUUUUAUAUUCAUAUCAAAUUGCUCGAUUGCAUUUAUUUAUGAUAUAGUUAUUAAGACCUGUAAAGUGCUAAGAGUUUUUCAAAUAAUUUGAAAAUAAAGACAAAACAUUCAAUGACAA